CGCCGCCCGCACCCGCCGUCGGGGCACCGCUGCCGCCCGCCGCAGCCUCCCCGGCCAGGGCAUUUCUUGGUGUUUCCUCGCGUUGUUCCCUCCGUUUCCCCGCUCUGACCGGCCGGCUCUCGCUGCCGGAGGCUCCGCCGGCUCGCGGCUCUCGGGGCAGCCCCGCUCCCGGGCCAUGAGCGCCGCGGGCCCCGGGCCCGGGCCCGGCCCCGACCCCGGCCCGCAGCAGGGGGAACCGGGGCACGGCCCCGGCCCGACCCGGCCGGACAGCCCGCAGGAGGAGUUCGACUUCUCCAUCCUCUUCGACUACGACUACCUGAAGCCCAUCGAAGAAGAACCGACUCCACAUAAAACCAACAGCCCACCCUCUGGAGUUACAUACGCUCAUGAUGUCUUGGACUGUGGCCUCAAGCCAUGCCCCCUGCCUUUUCCUAGCCUUCCUGCAGAUCCCAUGGGCAGAUAUGGACAGCCAGAUAGCAUAGGGCCAACACCUCCACACCCUGCCAACGCUGCAGGGGCCUCUGCUCCGAGCCCUAGGAUUGAAAUAACUCCAUAUCAUGAACUGAUUCAUUCGGGGGGUCCCUUCCGCAGCAGAGACACAGAUGUUCUGUUGGCAGAACAUCAGCCAAACUCAGCCACCACUAGCCCGAGGGUUACCCUGCCUGUCCCUGGCUUUGAGGGCUACAGAGAACCACUGUGUCUGAGCCCAGCUAGUAGCGGCUCCUCUGCAAGUUUCAUUUCAGAGACAAAUGUAUCUCCUUGCACAUCACCAUGUGUUUCACCAAAUAAUGGUCCUAGUGAUGACCUUUGUCCACAGUUUCAAAACAUCCAUACUCAUUAUUCUCCUAGAACCUCUCCAAUAAUGUCACCACGAACAAGCAUCACGGAGGAAGCCUGCUUGGGACGCCACUCACCAUCACCCUGUCCCAACUCAAGGUCCUCGUCGCCAGGUGCAAAGCGGAGGUUCUCUUGCACCGGGCUCUACGGCACCCCGCUGCCCUCCGCCUCUCCUCGGCAGUCACGGAGCCCCUCUCCACAGCCCUGUCCUCGCGUGCCCCCGAGAGAGGACACCUCUGCAGUCACUUACACACAGCUGGCCAGCGCUCCCCUUUCCAUGGAUGCUAUGAGCAGCCUCCCCGCGGAUCCUUCCUGCGGCGUCCCCACGAAGAUCUGGAAGACCAGCCCCGAUCCUUCGUCCAUGUCUUCCCACAAAAACAGCAUUCCGUGUCACGUCUUUCAGACCGUUGACUUCCACGGGCCCUGUGAGCAGGAGGACAGGAGAAACUCGGCCCCGGAAUCCAUUCUGUUGGUUCCUCCAUCCUGGACAAAGCAGCUGGUGCCUGCAAUACCAAUCUGCAGCCUGCCCGUGCAGUCCCUCCCUCCCCUGGAGUGGCCCCUGUCCAGCCAGUCUGGCUCCUACGAGCUGCGCAUCGAGGUGCAGCCCAAGCCCCACCACCGCGCGCACUACGAGACCGAGGGCAGCCGCGGCGCCGUCAAGGCUCCCACCGGCGGCCACCCCGUGGUCCAGCUGCACGGCUACAUGGAGAACAAGCCCCUGGGGCUGCAGAUCUUCAUUGGCACGGCGGAUGAGCGCAUCCUGAAGCCCCACGCCUUCUACCAGGUCCACCGCAUCACGGGCAAAACCGUCACCACCACCAGCUACGAGAAGAUCAUCGGCAACACCAAAGUGUUAGAGAUCCCCCUGGAACCCAAAAACAACAUGAAAGCAACCAUCGACUGCGCGGGGAUCCUGAAGCUGCGCAACGCGGACAUCGAGCUGCGCAAGGGCGAGACCGACAUCGGCCGCAAGAACACGCGGGUGCGCCUGGUGUUCCGCGUGCACAUCCCCGAGCCCAGCGGCAGGAUCGUGUCCCUGCAGGCCGCCUCCAACCCCAUCGAGUGCUCCCAAAGGUCUGCUCAUGAGCUUCCAAUGGUUGAAAGACAAGACAUUGACAGCUGCCUGGUUUAUGGAGGACAGCAGAUGAUCCUCACUGGACAGAAUUUCACAGCAGAGUCCAAGGUGGUGUUCACAGAAAAAACAUCAGAUGGACAGCAGAUCUGGGAAAUGGAGGCAACGGUGGACAAGGACAAGAGCCAGCCUAGCAUGCUUUUUGUGGAGAUUCCUGAGUACAGGAACAAGCACAUCCGCACAGCCGUCAAGGUGAACUUCUAUGUCAUCAAUGGCAAAAGAAAAAGAAGCCAGCCCCAGCAUUUCACCUAUCACCCAGUACCAUCAAUCAAAACAGAGCCCAUUGAUGACUAUGAUCCAGCCCUAAUCUGCAGUCCAGUGCACAGUGCUCUGGGGACAGUAACACAGCCUUACUAUUCACAGCACUCAAUGGCCACCGAGUCCCCUUCCUGCCUCGUGGCCACCAUGGCUCCUUGCCAGCAGCUGCGCUCAGGCCUCUCCUCUCCCGACUCGCGGUACCAGCAGCAGAACCCGGCUGUCAUUUACCAGAGGAGCAAGAGCCUGAGCCCCAGCCAGCUGGGCUACCAGCAGCCCGGCCUGAUGGCCGCGCCCGUGGCCAUGGCGGACGCGCACAGGUCCGUGCUGGUGCACGCCGGCUCCCCGGCCCAGAGCGCGGCCGUGCUGCAGCACUCCCCGCAGUCGUCUCCCGUCAUCCACUACUCUCCAACCAGCCAGCAGCUGAGGUGCGGCGGCCACCAGGAGUUCCAGCACAUCAUGUGCUGUGAGAAUUUCACGUCGCGGCCCGGCCAGGCGCAGGCCGGCCAGGCGCAGAGGCUCAGCCCCAGCGCGUACCCCACGGUCAUCCAGCAGCAGCAGCAGCAGCAGCAGCAGGCAGCCCCGGGCCAGCGGGCGGCCAAGAACGGGCCACCAGGCAGUGAGCAGAAGGACGUGCUGCCAGCAGGAGUGACCAUCAAGCAGGAGCAGAACCUGGACCAGGCCUACCUGGACGAUGUUAACGAAAUUAUCAGGAAGGAAUUUUCUGGACUCCCUGCCAGAAGUCAGACAUAGAAGAAGAGAUUUUUCAUCUCCAGGCAGAGACUCAGUGCAAGGAACAAUGAAUUGGCACCAAGUGACAGCCUUGGCUGAGCACCUCGCCACCUCUGUGUGUAAACAGCACGAAGGACACCCUUCCUUUCAUCCAGAGACCACAUUGUUCUCCUGGAACAGAGCAUCUGUCUGAGGAAACACUUCAAGCCUGCUGCAAGCCAUCUGUCUGUGCGUCCGUCCAUCGCGGGAGACAGGAGCUGUCCCCUGGGCAGGGCUCAGAGCCUGGGGUGGCCACUGGGGGUGGGCAGGGGGGAACAAAGAGUCAUCUAUUCCAUGGAAGAGCAGCACCAUCCUGCAGGUGAUUUGCCCUCCAGGUUUCCAAGCCCUCCUGAGCAAUGUUAUUAUUGCAGGGAACUGAGGCAGCCGAGCUCGCUCAGCCUUCUUCCAGUCCAGGAUCAAAAGCCAGUUUGCUCUGAGCACUGUGGUUGGUAUUUCAAACAGGAGAUCCCAGCUGAAUCCAGGGGUUUUCUUCAUUUUUCUUGUCAGACUCGAUAGGAAUUUGAAGGAGAGGGAUUCUCAUAACCAACCAGUGAAAAGAGCAAUUCAGCAGUUGCAAUGCCUGCCCCAAGGUAAAAUAAACCCAGGUAAACCAGAGAUUAAUAUAUAGGAGUCACAGUAAGCACCAAAGAUUUUAUGAUUGAUCCUUAUUAGUAUUAGGCAGUGUAUGAACACAUCUUAGAUAUUUUCUCUCUAACAAAUGGUUGCUGUUUCUUUUCAUGUAGAACCUGCUCUUGGCUCAUAACUUGUCUCAUUUAGCAGCUGGAACAUUUACUCACCCAAGCUGCAGAGGAAAAUAAUUGCAUCUUACAGAAGCCAUACAUUCCAGAGAAAAUAGACACUUAUUUAUAUUCACCUGGCCUCUUUAGCUUUGCAACGCUACCAGCAGUUCCUGGAAAGGUUCCAUUUCCAUGGGAGUUAGUAUUUUGUUAUGUUUUGCUUUGUGUGUUCGAAUAUCCUGUCCUGACUCCUGCUUAGCACAUUCCAGGUAACCACUGCCACCUGCAGUUUAGAAUAUUUAGGGGAGUCAGGUUGGAAUAUUUAGGGGAGCCAGGGGUAAAAAGGCUUCUGAGUGGGAAAUCAGUGUACAGUGAAAGAUAGCCAUAAUAUUUUAGGAAUUACAUAGUAAUCUUUCCUGGUUUUAUAAAUAAGGAAUGCUGAUAUUUUCGGGAAUGCAGAGCCUGAGUUCUGCUCUAGAGCACAGUGAAAUUAAUCCAGUUUUCAGUUGUGUCACAGUAAACUUGGCGGAAUACCAGUGUGUCCCCUGCUCACAGCAGGAAUGAGGGAUGGGAAUUCAGCAGAGCAGCCUCCAAAGUCGUUCCCCAAUAUCUCAAGAACGAUUUUGCACAAUCCCUGCAGAGCGUGGCUUGGUCCGACAGAAAUCUCUUCAGGACUAUCAGGAAGAAUAUAUUUUCUGCCAGUGAAAGCUGGUGCUUAAACUCUGCAGGGUCUUGGGGGUUAGAGUGGCAAACAGAAGCAUUGGGUUCUUCAGAACACCUGAGCUGGGGCUCAGCUAGAAUUCGGCUCCUGAACAGAAAUCUGAAUUUCACGAGAAUUUCUGAACUCCAGAUUCAGCCCAGCUCAGAUCCAGAACCAGAGCAGAGCCCUGCACAUGCCAGCCUGGCAUUAUUGGCACCCCAGGCUUCUGUUCAUGCUUUGUGAGGUUCAGACCUUUCACCCCAGAAUGAUUUCCCUGUGUCCCCACACCCAGAACUGCCGGGGUGCCUCACCCUGGUGCUCUCCUGGUGAGCUCUGCCCUGCAGGUGCCCUGGCCAAGCCCAGCCUGGAGCUGCAGAGGUGGAAAUGGCUUUUUGUAAUCGCUGCCUUUGCAGGAACAGAAGUGAGGCCGGCCUUGCUGCAGAGGGGAAUUCCUGUUAGACAGCACUCAGCAGGGCUGGCUGGCUCACACGCCUCAAAAAGCUGCUCUGGAUUGUUAAAGCUGUCCGUGGGCCAGCAUCUGACACAUAUUAAGGGGUUUUUAGUGCAGUCUGAUGAAUUAGACAAUUCUGACAUAUUCUAAAGGCCAAAAGUUGCCUUGUCAGAAGUUCUGUGCUAUAGCUGAGUUAAAGAACAGACCAAAUGCAUCUCCCACUUUCACACUUGGAUGUAUCAAACGUUUUCCAUGAUCCAACCUGUAAAGUACAGGAGAAAUGUAAAAAACAACCCAGAAACCCAUCCACAGAAAAAAAAAAUUAAAAAUCCUCAGAUUGCUGGCAGCACCUUCUCUUUUGCUGGAUAUUAAAUUGAAGCUGAAAGAAGCCCAGGAAGGUCUUUUCAGAUCUGGGAUGUGCUGCUGCUGCUCUGGUGAUUUUCUGCAGCAGCUACUCAUUAAUUUCAGAGAAUGAUUUUUGCAUAUUUAUUUUUAGAUAAUAUCGAUUUAGAAAAGGGGCUUGGAAGUAAAAUCUAAUGCUGGAUCUGAGCAAAAGAAAAGGUCAGUGUUUGAAUUCUACCUUCUGGAUUGUAGGUGCUGAAACAUCCUUUAAUUAAAUUAACCCCCAGAAGGAAGGAGUAGCUGAAACCUUGGGUUUGGAGCAAAGGCUGUUCAGCAGACAGUGCUGCACAGGAGCUCCCUGCAGCCAAAGGACACAGAUUUCCACUGUGCUCAUGUGUUCUUCAGGCCCUUUGCUAGUCUGGGGACAGAGGGUUGGGGCUUGAUUUGUUGGAUUUUUGGGAGUUGCUUUUUUUUGUUUGGUUUUUUGGUUUUGUUUUUUUUUUUAAGUUUUUUGGGGCAGAUUUUUUUUUUUUUUGUUUGUUUGGGGGUUUUUUUUGGGGAAGGGGUUUUUAAUGUGCUACAGGUGCUCUAGCCACGCUUGCAUUGACUGCAUUCCUUCCUCCUCUUUAAUGCACAGGUAUUAAUCUGUGUACAUAUACAGUGUACAGUGUCAUUUAUGGAAUACACCCACACAGAGAGGGGCCAUUGCCACGGGCUGGUAGUGACAGGACAAGGAGGAAUGGCUUCCAACUGACAGAGAGCAGCUUUAAAUCAGAAAUUAGGAUGAAAACCCUCCCUGGCAGGGUGGGGAGGGCUGGGCCGGAAUUCCCAGAGCAGCUGUGGCUGCCCCUGGGUCCCUGGCUGGGUGCUGGCAGCAGCCUGGCACAGUGGGAGGUGUCCCUGCCCUGGCAGGGGUGGCACUGGGUGGUGGCUGAGGUCCCUGCCAGCCCAGCCAUGCCCUGCUCUCUGUGGGUGCAUUAUUUUAUCCGUGGUUAGCAGUGAACACCCGUGCAGAGCUGGCUCCCAGCUCAGCAUGGAGGCUUCCCCCCUUGUAUUCUGUGUUUUAGGGGUUCAGGCUGUGCUGCCCCAUCUGCUUUUCCAUGCAACAGUAGUUAAAUCAUUCAGCUUCAACCACCUUUGUAUUUAUUUCUGGAGAAAAGGAGCAUCCUCAGACGUAGUGUUGUGCAUUGUUGUCUCUUUAAAAAGGAAACUGAUAUGUUAAAAUCAUAUAGCUAGGCUGAAGAAUUUCAAUAUAUACAGUACUAAAUUAUUUCCUGUUCUUGCUGAGCAGUGUUUUCCCAGUAUUAGUAUUUCUGUCACUUAGUACAACUUUCUCUCUGUAGAAGCACAAGCUUAACCUAGGAAGAGUUAAUAGCAUUUUGUGAGCAAUUUGUUCUCACUUUAUCUGGAAGAUAGCCAUAUUUGCACAUGAGGAAAUUCUGUCUUUCCUCAGUUAUCUGAAUGUUUCACCACAGUGCCUUCCUGCCAUUGUACCAAAGGCCCACAAAUAUCUUGUCUGCGGGGUGAACAACUCUAAUGCAUUUUCCAUCAAAGUUGCACCAUGUGAAGUUCAUGGGGCAUGUUGGAACUCAAAAGUUCAUCUCUUUUUAUUUGUCUUUUGUGCGUGUGUGUCUGUGUGUGUGUGUGUAUUUUUUUUUAACUUCCAUUUUUCCAUCCGAGCUUUGGCUGCGAAUACAGGAUGAGCUUCUAUAAACUCUGCAUCAAAUAUACAUAGAAUAAAAAUCAUCAUUCAUGAUAUGUAAACAGUCUGAGAUGGAAUGGGAGUGGGCAGAUAUCAGGAAGAUUUUUUUUUUGUCAGUUCUGAGUGUUGGAAGUCGAGUUUGCCAGGAGAGGAAUUGCAUGUGAAGAUACUUGCAAUGAAAUACAAAGUCCUGGUUUUGUUUUUCUCCAUGAGAAUGAGCAAAAUGUAAGAUCUGAGCAACAGCAGUGGAGUGAAAGUGUCUCAUGUAUGUUGUUUUUACUGGGAGAAAGAAUGUAGAAGAGUCAUGGGUUUUGCACUUGCUUUAUUUGUAUCCAUGUAAAUAUGUAUCCCUCCGUUCUCCCCAUAGGAAUACAGCAGUUCCUGAAUGUAGAGGAUUCCCAAAACCAGCACCAUAUUAUUCUCUAUUGUAUAAAAAGCUGCUGCUUCAUACCAUAUCUAGACCAGUUCUCAAAGUAGCUAGCAUGUUUUUUAAAGUGUAUUUUGUAAUCCCUAUCUUUACAACAAAGGUGACUGUGCUUUUUGUCUGACCAAAUAUGCAACAACUUUUGAAUUAAGGUUUGUAUUUAUAAAGGAUCAGUUUUCAUUUUCUGAAUGCCUUACUUUUCUAUGCAAUUGUUGUUGAAUUGUUGUUGUCCUAAAAAAAAGAAAAAAAAAUAUGUAUUUGAUAAAUUUCCCAAAGACUUCAAAGACAGCUUUAAACGCUUAAGAAAUAUGUUUCUAAAUAUUUCAAUCUGACUUUUCCCCCUGCAUUUCUUUCCAAAUUGCUACUUAAUAGGGAACAAUGAUCUGCCAGAUGGGACUCAAGAAAAUGACUGUCUUAAUUUCAAAUCUUAAACUGAUUCAGAUCCUCAUAAUUUUUGCACCACUUAAAAUGAUCUGAUGUUCCAGUUUAGCUGCAGUUCUGUGUUUGUUAUUUAUGUUCCAUAUUCCUGUGCAAUAGGAAGAGAUGCCACUGCUGGGUCUCAGUGGGGUGAAUUGUAAAAUUCUCCAGAAAUCAGCUCUUUUUCUCAUCAUUUACAUUGCAGUGGUUUCUUACCUGUGAGGCAGCACUCUGCCAUCACACGUUGUAAUUCUUUAUUCAUCUCAGUUCCGAAUGAAUAAUCCACCUUUUGGAAUGUUUGACAUCAGAUUGGCACCUGUGCCUUUAAUUCCUGCUGGUUGAAGUGCAGGGCUCUCAGCUGACAGCAGCUCCUCUAGCUGCCAGCCAGUGUCCAGCCCACUCUGGUCUGUUUAGGGUUUCUUUAGACAUUUGUGUUGUUUCAGCGGUACAAAAACAGAAAUUAGUACCUGCACAUUGCAAUAAACUUCACCUGAAGGUGCUGAUGCUGCAAAAGAUGUCCUCAAAUGCAAAAAGUUACCUGGGGAGGUGAGUUUCCUUCUGUAACUCCUAAAAUAGCAAGAUUGGGUAGAAAGCUCCAGAAGUGCCAGAAAUGAGUGGUGUUUGUAAAGGCCAGAGCCCCCAGGUGUGCUGCUGGAAGCAGCACUUACUGCAGGAUGGCCUCGAGCAUCUGCUGCUGGCACCUGGGCACAGAGAGUCUGCCAGGCUGGCCUGCCUGGCACUCACGUUUUUCUCUGUGUAAUUAUGAAGUGAUUCCCCCCAAGUCAGCCCUCCCUGCCCUGGAUGUUCAGGUAAAGCCAUAUUUUAAUAGACACACGAGUUGUCACUAACAGAUGUCUUUUGAACCAAGUUGCCUGUUCAAAAACCCAACUGUCACAAUUGAAAAGGGGUUUAUAUCAUUCACAUUCCUGCAACAACGUUGUUAACCUCCAAUGUAAUGAUUUUUUGCUAUCUGUAAAGUAUUUUUAUAUAUUGCCUAUAUAUGGUAGACUAGCAAUAAAUGAAAGGGCAUCAUCUGCU